UCGGACAGAAAGUCGCUGCUUCCGGGGUCGUCAAACACGCGUGGCAAAGAAUCGAGGCGGUUGUUAGCUGGUGUGUUAUAUAAUAAUGGGUAAAAUAAAAAAAUCUCGUAAUCGUGGUAAGUUUGAUUACAAUAAAAACAAAAAGAAGCUGAAAAAGAAGAUGAGAAGAAAGGACAAACCGCAAAUAGAGUGUCCUCAGAUACGCAAGGCUUGGGAUGAACACAAAACUGUAAAGCAAAAUCUAAAAGACAUGGGACUGUCACUUGGGACAAAGGGUAUGCUUCCUAUUAAAAACAGUAAGGAAACGGAAAGCAAACCAGCCGAGACAAAUGUAUUGAAACCCUACGUCAUUGAAGCAAUGGAGGAAGAGGCCAAUCUCCAUGGUCCGGGCAAAACCACAUGCUCCACUGACAUUAUUGAAUAUGUUCAAUACAUGGUGAAAGAAUACAAUGAGGAUUAUAAGGCAAUGGCAAGGGAUGAGAAAAACUACUAUCAGGACACACCAAAGCAGAUUAAACGGAAAGUGGAUUUUUACAAACGGUGUCAUCCUAAGAAAUAUGCUGCGUUCAUUGCGUCUCUGCAAUCUCAAAAGUCUUCGUGAUGUCUCAGCGGAGAACUGGUUUUAAACUAAUGGUCAGAAUAUCACCUUUGUAUCUGUCAAGUGUGUCUAAAGGAUGAGUGUAUACAUAGUAGAAACAAACUGUUGAAAAUCUUUUCUCUAUGACAACUUUCUUUAAGAAUGUUAACUGUUAAAUGAUGUGUAUAUGAAUCUAGCAAGCAACUUCAAUAUCUUCAGAAGUAUAAAUAUUACAUUUUGUACAUUGACUUAUUGAUGGGUAAGUUUAAUGUGUUUUGGCAAAAUAAAAAUAAUACACCGGAGUGAAAACAACUCUCCAAUACAAUGCAACAAAGACAAAAUCUGGGUUCAGUACAAGUUAACUUAAUGAAUUUUGAGUUGUGUUUUUUAGAGAGCAUUAUUGUGGUUACAUUUACAUUAAACAUGUAUUACUUAUUUUAAUGUUGUUAAUUGAAAUUACAGAUUUUUGCCCACAGUUUCAUAGAGCUACAGUAAAUUUGACUGCACCUAUUUUUUUUUUUCCCCCAAGAAAAUAAUUGUACCAUUAAAAAAAAAAGUUUUAAAAGUAUAGCCACAGGAUUUUGUAGGGAAAAAACAACAACAACUAGUCACAUGUUUUCUGCAUUCAACGUUAUGCCAAACAUGUUGAUGGAGCUGAACCCAGAACACUGAUUUAAGACACAAUAAUUAGAGAGAUUUGUUCAUAUUUGCAUUGCAGUAGUGCUUCUGUAGACAUCGUUGCUUCAUCACUGUUUCUCAGAAAUGUCAUGUGCUACAUGUACAUACUUUAAUAAAAUAUGCAUGACUGGUUGUGAACAAGAAGUCUGAAUCUUAUCAGCAGCUUAUUCAAGUAUUAUCAAAUUAUCAGCCUCACAGGAUUAUCAAAUGUGCAAGUGAGUUCUGAUUAAUCAGCAUUGCAAAACCCUCACUAUAAGACUAAAAGAAAUGCAUUUGAAUUCA